AAAAAAAUCGUUUUUUUUUUUGCUUAAAUGAUGCUUUAAAGUCUUAAAAAUAAGGUACAAAAGGUUUCUAACAAAGAAAAAUUCCUAAGUGUCAUUUUUGGAAGUUUGAAGCGUCGUACCUUUCGGUAAAAUGUGAAGCGUUUAGGAAGGAAUCCUUCUGAAAAUAAUAAAGGGAUUAGUUACACACAGUUAAGCUUGGGUAAGAUUUUCUUAGGUUCCUAGUGAACUGCGGCGACAUUUUCAUUCCGAAUUGUCCUUUUAUUGAUAAUUCAUAUAAAAUAAAUCGUAGAAUGAUUUUUGCUAUGCGAUUAUUGGGUGUUGGUCUUUAUGGAAUAGAAAAUUUUUGCGCCUUCAUGGUUCUUCCUCGACCGAUUUUUCAUUCAUUUUACGAUAGACUCAUGCAUACAAUUUUACGCGCAACUGAAACAGUUGCUAAAAAAAGUAUGCUAAUGGCAGCUCAAGAAGAAAAGGCUUUGUCUAUAGAAAAAGGUCAAACAGAUGGUUUAACAGUGUCAGGCGAUGAAUCGUGGAGAAAACAUGACUUUUCAUCACUGUUCGGAUUGGUAACAUUAAUUGGAUGGUUCUCUGGAAAAGUAAUUAACAUUGUUGUGAAGUCUAAGUAUUGCAAGCUUGUGAGUUUUGGGAGAAAAAAGUUGACACUGAAGAAUGGAAAACAUCACACGCUAACGAAUGUCAAGCGAAUCAUGAGGGUUCGACCGGCAAAAUGGAAGUCGAUGUAGUCAUUGAAAUGUUCCAACGCUCAAAACAAUUGCAUCAGGUGAAAUACGCAAAUUACAUUGAAGAUGGAGAUUCUAAAACUUUUAAAGGUCUUUUGGAAUCACAACAAACAGAAAAUUUAUCAGUGAAGAAAAAGGAAUGUAUUGAUCACGUCCAAAAACGAAUGGUACCCGCCUUCGCAACUUGAAGAAAACCAUGAAAGGACUUGGAGGAAAAGGCAAAUUAACUGCUAAACUUAUAAAUGAAUUGUCUGUUUUUUUCGGAUUAGCUAUCCAUCGUAAUCAUGAUUCAAUUGAAAAUAUGAGGUGAGAGAUCUGGGCGACCCUUUAUCAUAAGUUAUCCACAGACGAAAAGCCACAGCACGGUAAAUAUUCGUGGUGCAAGUGGCAGCAGGCGAAAGCCACUAAUAAAUUAGCUGAAUUUAAGCAUAAGCCAACUUUUCCUUAAAUGGUUUUUGAUGCUAUUAAGCCAAUCUAUGAAGAAUUAAAUAGUGACGAUCUUCUUAAACAUUGUUUAGGUGGCUACACCCAAAACAGUAAUGAAAGUUACAACGCUUUGAUUUGGUCAAUGGCUCCAAAAUCAGUUUCCAGUGGCAAAGUUAUUAUUGAUACAGCAAGUAAUAUUGCUGUUUACACGUACAAUGAAAGAUAUUCAAACCUUAUGAAGAUUAUGGAAGAAUUAAGCAUGACAAUUGGAUCGAACUGUUACAAUUACUGCUUCGAGACUGACGCGCGGCGCAUCAAGUAUUCGGAGCGCUUACUGGCAGAUGCUGCAAAAGAGGCUCGAUCAUCGCUAAAAUCGGCCAAGAAGGAUCAGGAGGAGGAGAACAUCAAUGAGGAAAGCCAAUUGUAUGGUGCAGGUAAAAGUCGCAGAUUAAAGGUAAAUGAAAAAUUUCUAUCGCUGAUUGUUACAUAAAAUUUUAAACGCGUUUUUCUCGAAAUCACUUUUUUUUAAGCUGGCCGGACUCAUAACUCCCACAAAUCUUGACCGAUUUUCUUGAAAUUUUGACUGUAGCUUCUAAAAUACGUUUGUCAGCGAACUACGUACGGAUUUUACGUUUCGUUGUAAACCUUUUUAUAUAAACAAUUUUCUGCAAAGUUUUUCGUCAAAAAUGAAUUUUUUUUUUCAAAUUUGUGUCAUUUUUACAAAAAAAAUUAUUUUUUAAUUUCGUACGUAGUUCGCUAGCUAAUGACAUAAAGAAUUAAAAAAAAUUGGUUUUUUGUUUUAGAGCAAAAAUUGGAGCAGAUUUCUGUCCGGCCGUGAGGCAUCUUCCGAAACGAGUGGUCAUCGUUGCUGAGCUCUGUCACCGCCAUUUUAAGAAAUAAAACAGUUUAAAGUUGACUAGUUUACACGAUUACUAUCAGCGACUACUUCAUGGUAGCCAACCGAUGCCUUCUGGUCUUGACAUCGCUAAUACAUUGAAAUACUUUUCUCAAACUUUAUUAUCUCUGUUAAAAGAAGUACGCGAAAUGCCGUUCGAGAUGAUCAAGUCGCAGAAGUUCGAUGGAGAACGAAUGGCGUUGUAUCCAAAUUUGGAUUAUAAACAACUAUACAACGCAUUAACUCAGUUAGUGGACGUGGUACCGUUGAUCCAUAUUGGCUUGCAAGCAUUCGGGAAAGCUUUGUUGCAAUGUCUAGCGUGCCUAUUGCCGUUCCUCGACCACGAUAUGAUCGACAAUAUACCAUAUUUAGCGGCCAGUACUAUAUCUGUGCUUCCCAUGGAACUUCAUGAAGAAAUCGUUAAUUAUCUCUGUUUUUACAUUUUACCGUUUACUAUCACGAGAAAAAUCGAAAUUAGUGACGAGAAUGCAGCUAGUCAAUCAGUAGCCGCUGUUAUAAUGAUGGUAUUUCAAUAUUCCAGUAAUCCAGCGCAUCAUUGUCAAUUGCUAGAAUGCCUGAUGGCCUUGAAGUCAGGAGUUGUAAAAGACAUACUCUGUGUAGUUGCAUACGGUACCGCACCGGCAAGAGCAUCGGCGGCAAAAUUACUCUUUUAUUACUGGCCGUCGUUUAAUCCAAAUUUGUUUGAUCGUCGCGCUGUAUUGGUAAAAUUUGCCAACGAUCUCACUCCGUUUGUAUGUCAACGAGAUAGCUGUCCAAAUGCCGGAAACGCGGAGGCUGGUAAGGUUUGUUACGAUCAUCGCAUUUCCAUCACUUUCGCCACUGAAUCUCCGCCGCCGCUUUACCUUUGUAUCGAGUGCGCGAAUGAGAUCCACCGAGAACAUCCGAAUCAGAUGUUCUAUGAUAUUUUGCAUCCGAUGCAACAAGUGUCUAUGAUUUGUGAGAACAAGAAUUGCAGAGCGGCGGACAAAUCAGCCAUCAGCAUUUGCUUUUCGACAGAAUGUGCGAGUUAUAAUGGAAAUCAUCCUAUACGUUAUUGUCAACAAUGUCACAAUAUCCGCCAUAAUAAUCGUCGCGGUGGCGAUCAUGUUUACCAUAUGGCACUUCCGCAUAUUUCACAGUUGGAAUCACAAACACAAACCUACAUGGUUCAAGCAAUUGUCAGUUUACUCAAGGAAGCCGAAUCGUUAAGUAUCGAUAAUAGGGACAUGAUGGACUUAAGUAGUAGUACUAGUAAUAAAGGCGGUACAGGAUUCUCAGGGGGUGGAAGUGGCGGAGGUAGUAGCGGUGGCGGUGUAGGAAGCACGUUUGGUGGUCACUGCGAUUCCACGAGCCUGGAAGAGCGACAGUUACUUGGCAGAUACGGUGUAUGGCUGCUUGUGGGACUUUGUACCCCAAAUGAGGACACCCCGGUUGAAAUACUGGGCCGUUUAUUAUCAAUGUUAUUUCAUUGGUUUCAUAUCACUGCCUACUCUUUCGAUGGUACUAAAAAAAGUCUUAUGCACCUUAUCUUUUCUGUUGGCCAAGCGGAAAGCGCUCUCGAGAAAUUAAAAACUGAAUAUGUUUGUGGUUGGCUUUCGGAAGUUAUGAAAACACAUUAUGAAGUAUUCAUUUCUUGUCUUCUACCGCAUCCAGCAGACUACGUAAGAGUUGGAGGCCAUUGGGAAACUUUGGCUUCACGAACAUCGCAUUUGAAAGACGGCCUGAAUCGUCUAUUUUGUUUAGUACCGUACGAAGUAAUCACACCCGAUAUAUGGGAUUAUGUAAUGCCACAUUGGAUGGAAGCGAUAGUUAAUGAUGUUCCUGAACACGAACUUCACGAACUAAAAAUGAUACUAUGUAAGAUUUUAGAUCCGGAUAUGAGUCCUUUAGGAUUUGACGCGAAAAAGAUGUAUAAUUUUGUUGCAAAGCGUUUCAUCAAUACAAGCGCAAAAGUGCAAGAACAAGCCCUUAACUGGUUACAAACGCUUACUAUGCUACAAAUAAUGAUACCACUUAGCCAGUUAUUUGCAAUAUUCAGCGAUGGAGUUGCCGUUAUGCAAUCGAUGAAUUCUGCGGAAUCAGAACUAAAGCCAAGCAAAUCCACCAAAAACGGCGAUGGCAACAUUACAUGUCCCGUCGUGGAAAAUGAAUCUGGCAAAUCAACGCCACUUUCCGACGAUAUGGCACCAACGCCCAGGCAUAUGGAAUUCAUGACAAACGCAGAACUAAAUUUAUCCUGCUGCAUUCUCAUGCUUGACAUAUUAUUAAAACAAAUGGAACUUCAAGGUGUUGAUAAACAUACUGGAAUCAAUACAUGGGUUUGUCAGGAUGCUUGCCAUUUAAUGAAAUCCAUAGUUGCGUCUAACUGGAAUAGUUGUCAUACAUGCAACAUUUCGGAUACUGAAUGUACUUAUUGUGAAUCUAGAGUGAUUUGGCAUCAGCUGUGUCUGCAACUGAUUACUUACAUAGUACCGGAAAAUCCAGCAUAUCCACCCGAUACAAUUGUGGACGAAACCACAGAUGAUCAUGGUCGUAAAGGUUCUCCGGAAACAACAAGGAAAAGUGAUUCGAAGCCAGAUGUAGUUAUCAACAUGCCAGUGCCAGAAAUGCAUUCCGUAGGCGGCGUUUUAGUUCAUAUGCCACAUUUCUUCGAACAGAUCAUGACAGCAACAGUAGAGACAGUUUCGGAACAACUGGAUCUUGCAGCUAUCAUGCCUACAGAGAAAGUCAUGUCGGCCGUUGCGAGGACGGUUACACUGUCGGAAACAGACGUCGCUACUGCAACGGUGAGCGUGGCAAAACCUCAUUUGAUAGGCGAAAAUGACGAACCUGUGAAUCUAAGCCCGGAAACUGAUUUGGACGAUUUUUGGCAUACAUCUGUGGGAAAGUUCCGUUUUACGAUAGAGGAAUUACCAGAAUAUCUACAAUACAUACACAAGCUAUUGAAGGAAAUAAUGACAAUUGACAAACCUGAUAUACUGUAUUACAUGCUACAAUGUUUGAAUAUAUUAUGCUUGUAUGGUGAUGCGUUUAAUGCGGCAGUGAAAGAUCAUCAAGGAUUUUUUAUAUGGUGUCAGGAAAACUUGUUAAUAAGGAAUUUGUGGGAGCUUUUAAAUGCCGAGCACUCACACAUAGCGCAAGUGACUGUUCCAUUAUUAUUGCAUUGCGUGACAUUACCUUGCGGAACUGAUACUUUUUGGCGACUCGUGCAAGAAGAAUUUCACAAUUCCGAUUGGCGCGUUAGAUUUGUUGCAGUCGAACGUGUCACAUUAAUUGCGAGGUUCAUGGACUCGACACCGUUGCGAAACAUAUCGAGUCUACAAGCUGCAUUAGCGAAUGCAUUUUGUUAUUUAAUCACCAGCAUGGACGAUAAUAACGUCUAUGUUGCGCAACGUGCAACCUUAUAUCUCGGUACUAUUCAUGAUGCAGCAGUCAGAUCGUUAAUCUUAUGUCUGGAGACACAAUUUGAUUCUGUUAUCGUGGAUCGCCCUAUGGUAUUGCAAUCGCUUUACCAGCUUCACAACAGUCUUAGCGAUCGACGCAUUUUGACAUGGGAAUUUUUCUUAAAUCGAUUCGACGCUCUAUUCCUUGAAGCCCAGAUCAAUUUGGAGAAGUCGGGAGAUAUAUCUUACUUGCGUGGUCAGUCACACACUUACAAUUUGAAGAAUACGGAUCUGAAUAGCGAAGUAUUCUUAAAGAAACUACAUCGUGCGCAUGAAGCACUAUCUCAAUCUGAUGGUAGCGGCACAAGCUCUGUAAAAACAUUAAGUGCAAGUUUCGGCACGAAGUGGCCUUAUAAGCGUACAAUGUCCGCGCCAGCAUCGAUGUUACCUCGACAAGACACCAAGCAAGAGAAGGAAAAGGUGUACAGUCGGCAAUAUUCUGCGCCCAUCUUGAAAAGGAAGAGCUCGAGAUUCGGACUGGGUCAGUUGUUAGAGUCUACCCCGUCUAAUAACAGUAUCCCAGAUGGUCAUAUACAUUCAUUGAAUAUGGUCGAUGAGGCUAGCACAUUACCAGGAUAUACUCACAAAAUCGUGGACCUUGAAGAAGCAGAUAAAGAAACAAUGCACUUGCUAGUCUUCCUCUUAAUGCAAUUUCUUUCGAGACAGGAUCAGGCGUAUCCGACGGACGAAAAGCCAUUGUCGAGAAUACAGGGCAUAGUUUUGCGCCAUUUAUAUCUUCUUUUGGGAUACAAUCAAACUGAGCGUACCUUCCAUACAUCUCCACAACGUCUACGACUUUCGCCGGGGUUUAAUGUCUUCAUCGCUAAUUUACCACAAUUAUUAGACCAAAAUCACGCAAUGGGUUUGUUAAUGACAUCGCCAGUUCUAGCAAUAUUACAACAUUGCCCUUGCCCACCACAAACUACCCCACCUACCGAUCACCAACCACCGAGCUACAGUCUUUGGUACUUGGAGCCACAUAUCAGGAGAUCUUGGUUGAUGUCUCUGCUUGUUAUUUUAUACAAGUGUCAGUACGGACAACAACCAUGGUGCAAUCAACUCCAAGCAUUAGUGAAGAUAGUAUUAAAUACACUUGAAACGCAGCAUCAUCAGUGUAAGAGGAUUCCGGCUACAGUGGUUAUGGGUGCGCCACCUUCCAGAUCUCGUGACGUAUCUCAACCCUCGCUUGGAGUAGAACAUGACUUGACGACGAACGCUGUAGGGGAAAUCGAUACAGAGACUCCGCCAACGCGUCCACUAUGGUGCCCAAUACAUCAACGUAGUCCCGGUGGAAUACAUGGACAAAUGGAGACCCAUUGGGAGGAAGAUAAUGGUCCAGCGUGUCGUUACUUCAACAAACAUUUUAUAACUAGCUAUUCGGUCAAUGCGGACGAUACGGAAUCUGAGCUGGCCGCGAUUCCUGAGAGCCCAAAAUCUGACAGCACCUUACAUGGCAGCAGCGGAGGAUCUCUCGGGGAGCUAGAGAAUACGGUUCAGAGAAGUGCGGUCCUUCAAGAACCACGCACGUCGAUCAUAUUAGAUGAAACAAAUGUGAUUAUUGACCCGAAUAAUCGAAACAGUAGUAAACUAAGAAUGGAAUCCGUGACGAAGCCUAUAUGGUUCUUAGGAAAUGAGGAUGAAUCUUCUCAAGGAUAUAAAAAAGUGGAACCUCAAAAGAAAUGGAGCGUCUACGAAGGAGUAAAAAUGAUGGUAACUAGUACAUUUUUAACUGGACAACAAGAACCCGCAAAGUUCCACUCUAAAAUAUCUGCGCUACCAGUAAAAAACGCAAAAGGUCAAUUACCGUAUAAUGGAGAUACUAUUUCAUCGAAACCGUUCGAUUUGUCAAGCGCUUUAGCUGUUGCUACGAGCAUUUCUCAUAUUCAGAGAUCUGAUUCGAUAAAAAAAAAGAAUAAGCAGGAAGAUAAAAUAAAGGAGAAGGGAAGAGAGAAGGAAAAAAAAGAAAAUGAGACAGAGAAGGUAACAGAAAAAGAUGUAGAGAAGCAGAAAGAAAAGGCACUUAUUUUGAACACCGUUGGUACUGUCAUUAAUACCGAAUCACCGAAUGCGAAGUAUUUAGGCAGACAAAAACACGUUGAACAGAUCACAAUCACAGCAACAUCGCCAGUCUCGCCUUGCCAAGUGAUCACAGUGACAAAUAGUGAUCACUCGAGCUCGCCUGCACUGAGUUCUAUAUCGUCACAAGUUGUAAGCACGGAAAACGAGCAGCCCACUGAUGUACUUAAUACUUUACAACCUUUGAUAACUACUCCAACGGUUGAACGUUUAUUGCCUAUUGGUACAAUAGUUCGCGCAACUGGACCGCGAACAACACAACGUGUGUUAAGAUGUGAAGACACAUAUGGCUCUCCGGAAUCACCGUUGUCGAAAAUGGAUAUUUUGACAGUUAGUUCCUCAUUUGAGCAAGACAGCGAGACUUGCGUAUCCAGCGAUAUUACAAGCCCACAUAGUGUUUCCCAAUUGGAAUUUCCAACUCCAGAGCGGUUGCUACCAGUUGGCCCUCUAAGAGAUUUCUCCAGCUUAGUUGAACGUGUAUGUCAAGCUUUAGAAAUCUCAGACAUUCAAGAUACAAAUAAAUCGAACGAGGAUGCGAAACGUGACACGAUGAUACUUAUGAAACAGGAUAGCAGAACGGCCGAAAAUAUGUCAACGUCACUCAUACCGGCGUUUAAUGAAGUUAAUUCGAGUAGAUCACCAAGUCCAAGAAGAUUGAUCAAACAGUUGGCACUGGAAUCGUCUCCGCCAACGGUUGAUUCGGGAGAUUUUCUUUCGAAAAUAACGGAUUAUGAUCAAAAACUUAAAUCAAAGGAUCAAUUCCGUAUUCAACGUGAUAAGACGCUAAAGAUUACCAAUACCAACACAGAUCAAGACACAAUUACUGACGCAAGACGACCAGAGUCGUGGUCUGGGCCACAAGUUCAACAAAACUUAGACUUUUUCUCUCAGCAGGCGUAUCACGCAGAUUUUAAUUUGAAGCAGAGUUUAUUCCGUAUUGGUGAUGAUUGUGUUUACGAUAGGUGCUCGGAAUGUGGAACGAUCAAAGAAGAGUAUUCUGAUGAAGAACUUGGAUUAUGUAUAAUAACUCUAGGGACGUUUAUCCAUCGAGAACCAUCUUUAGCAGCACCGUUAUUGCCAGAAAUACUCGGCGUGGUGACCAAGAUUGCGCUUAAUGCCAUGUAUCCUUGGCAAAGUGAAACAAACAUGCACUUACCAGGUGGUGCAGUCAGCGUAGCACAUCAAUUUCUUAGAUGCGUUCUUCAUCAAUUGGCACCUAAUGGAGUAUUUAUGCAAAUGUUUCAGACCAAUUUAAAUGAAACAACAAGGUUGCAGUUCUUCAAAAGUGUUGCCCAAGCAUUGAUUGAUUUUAAUGAAUUAAAUCCCAUUGCACCUUUGCAACUGUUACUCGAGACUUUGAAUAUGAAGAAAUCACUACCACUGGAACGGCUUCCGAUAAUAUUAUAUAAUAUUGCGUGUUACUUGGAUUGUUUACCAUUGGAAGCAGGAUUGGGUCCUGGAGUUGCUACGUGGAGCGGCUUAUUAGCGCAAUUUGAUGGGCUAUUUCGGAGGCUCGUUCUUAUGCUUCCUUCUAUCGAGGACAUCACUCCUCUCCUACGAAUUAUGAUUUCUAUAUUGAAAGUUCCAGGAAUUCAACAAUCUAAGGGAAUGCUGGAUCCUCUUUCCAAAGUAUUAAGUUACGCUAUACAAAAUUCAACAUUGCAAUAUCAUUAUUUAACAGACCUGUGCUACUUAUGUCAUAGAGGAUUUACUCGUGAUCGCGAUAAACACUUUUUUGGCAGGACGAUUGUGUUUGAAUUAAUUCAAGCUAUUAAGUUCAAGAUUACAAUACCGGAUUCAAAUUUCCUGUUGCUUCUACAAUUUGCACUUCAGGAUAUUGGAGGAUCUUUACCUAGCACUAUCACGAUGGAAAAUUAUAUUCAGACAGAUAUAUCACCGAUUUACAAUACGAACGCUUCUGAAUCUUUAAAGAAUCAGUUGUCAGACGUUCUUGAUUUCUUAGCUGACUUUCAUACAUUAAGCAAAAUCAAGAGUUACAGCAAAGGCAUGCAAGCGGGAUUAAACGAGGACACAUUAGGUGGAAUGUUGAAGUGUGGCCUCGCUCAAUAUGUAGCUUUAGAGAUUACAAGAGGCAAUAAUAGAGAAAAUAAAGCUGUUGCACGAUACUUACCAUGGUUAUAUACUACACCGUCUACGAUACAAGGUGCUCGCGAAUAUAUUGAUUGUAUCGGUCACAUCAGAUUGUUAUCCUGGUUGCUAUUGGGAUCUCUCACGCACAUAGCGAUGCAUACUGGCAAUAAUAACAAUCAUUCUCACAAUUCACCAAUCUCGUUUGCGCAACCGAUACCUCAGGAAGUGUCCUGCCAUAUCGCAGAUCACAUACAAAUCAUUUUCUCAGGAUUUCCGGAACAAUCAAAAACCUCGGUUCUUCAUAUGUCAUCACUCUUUCAUGCAUUUAUUCUUUGCCAGCUAUGGACAAUGUACUUGGAAGAACUAUCGAAGAAUAACGCGUCAAACAGCGAAGGUCACAAUAUUACCAUGAAUAUUUUAUUAGAGUUUUGGGGCAAGAUAACACCGUGCAUUUUACAACUCGUUUCAUAUUCGAAAGCUCUGUCUGAAAUGCUUAACCUACAUUUCUUAAGCUUACUGGAGGCUUUGCUGGAAUGCGGUUCAAUUCUACUAAGCAAAUUAUUACCGCUAUGGAAUGCCAUUUUAUUUUCCCAUCAUGUUCAGCUACCAGGACACCUACAAGUGCGUUUGCAGAACUGUCGCGAUUUCCCACCAAGCAGAAUGACGGAACAUUUUGUUUCUAAUCGAAGAGAAUCGAAUGCAAUACUUUUGCAAUGGUUACAUCGAUUACAAUUUAAAAUGGGCCAAAUAGAAAUGCAAUCUUCUACCGCUACGCAGUUCUAUUCUAUUUAAAGAAAAAAAAAAGAGAAAAAAGAAUCAACUGUAAAAAUAGUAGCACCUUUGUGAAUUAUCAUUAUAAAAAUUUAAUAGUUAAUAAUUUAGAAUUACUAAGUCAAUAAUUUAAAAAUUUGCAGCAAUUAAGUAGCAGUAGUAAUUACUUUGCUAAUGCUUAAUUAUUGUUCAAUGAAUUACCGCAAUUACAGAAUAUUCUGUAUAUACAAAGUGUUCCAGACUACCCGAACCACUCAAUUUUUUCGUAAACGCGACAUUUUAGAAAAAAAUGUUUCGAACAAAAGUUAUAAGGUUUUAAAUCACACAUUAGAUAGUGGUAUUAAUAUAAUCUUGAACAGCGUUGUCAAGGUCAUGUCAAGGUCACCUUCAAUGUUUUUAAUGGAACUCUCUAUUUUUCAUUGCUUAUAGCAAUGAAUUCAUAUUCUUAUAGUUUAUCUUGAGAGCUUUUCAAAACACUAUAUCAAAAUAUUUUUCCAUUAAGUACUUUCCGAGUUAUGAGACAUGUAUAUACUCUCUUGUGUGUGUAUGUGUUGCAAAUGAGUAUUCCAAAUAUUGAUUCACGAAAUAUUUAUUAUAAUGUUACGUACUGCACAGAUGCAAACCAUAUAUCUUAUUUUUUCUUUAUUCAGAAUGCAUCUGGAAAACAGUACACAAGACCAUAAAUAGUUUCCUUCAAUUGCAGGAUUUUCUCAAUAAAAUUUCAGCGAUAAUCCCAGAUGCAACCCUGGGAAACACUUCUAAUUCCAAAAACCUAUCUCGCCGGACUCGAGUACAUGAAAAGAAGCCGCUAAACUCUAAGCAAGAAAAUAUCCAUUGUCUCACGGAUUACACUGCCUCAGUUCCCGACGUACAUCAUCUUUGACAGCUCGCCUUGAAGAUUCCCUCACCACCUCGAAAUUCCUCCAAUCAGUACUUCUCCAAAAACACGCGACUUUCCUUCACCCACAACCCCAGUCAAAGAAAUCUUCCUAACCUUUUUAUUAAAACAUUACUCGAAUACUUCACUCUACAUCUAACAUCUCUAACGAAUCCAACAAAAGAUAUCUCCGAAAAUUCACAUUUUCCAAACCAAAUCGUCCCGUAUAAAAAUCUAAAUGCACAACCGACGCUCUCAAUAUACUAUUUUCACUCUCUCAGUACGUAUGUGUCGAGAUUGUUGCACCAUUUUUCAUCUUCUCAAUUCUUUUCCGUGACUCUUUGCACGAUUUUUUCGCGACUUUCUUAACAACGCCGUUACGUGUCAAUAUUAACCAAGAAGCCCCUCCGGAAUCCCACUAGGAAACCAUCCAGCUACAGACGACUUGAAGUCAACGGCCACCCAACUUUUAUUUCUUUUCAUCAGACAAAUUACAGCCCAAGUCUUCUAAAGUAAAUCGUCUUCUUUUUGCUCUCUUUUAUUUUCCCUCCGUUUAUUAUUCCCGAUCCUCAAUUUUCUUCCCCCUUUCUCUCUUCUCUGUAUUCAUUAAUCCUUCCGUAACCUUUCCCUAUCUACCACACAGAAAUGCACACAGAUACACAUGUACACUUCCGCGUACAUCCGGAUUUUAAAAAUAGGUUCUAUACUAAUUUCGUUAUUUCAUAUUGAACAACUAUAAGUCUAUGUUUAUAUCCAAUUUGUAACCAAUAAAUAGAUAAAUGUACACCUAUCCUA